CGGCAUUCUAGCCUGGGCAAGGGAGCAAGACUGCCUCACAAAUAAAUAAAGAAGAGCGUAGAGUGUGAAGAAAGGCACAGGGCCCCCUGCACCUCCUUGCAGGGAGACCCCAGGGCUGUUUGUUAGGAGUGGGAAAGGGGCUUGACAAAGAAUCACAAGAUGACUGCAGACGCUGAGACCGGAGAAUCGCGUGAGCCCAGAAGAUGGAGGCUGCAGUGAGCUAUCAUUGUACCACUGCACUCAGGCUGGGUGAUGGAGAACCACAGCAGGGCAUCCCAGCGUGGCCACAUGAGAAAAAGUAGCCUUUCUUGAGGAAGGUGCAGAAAGCUGUGUCCUUCGUCCUGGCUCGCUUUCCUGUGUUGUCUACCUCUUCCCUGGUGGCACAGGGGAUAUAUUUAUAGUAAACCAUAGGAUGGAGUUGGCUGGACAGGGUGAUAACUGAAGGCUCAAGGAGGAGGUCUUGAUUUUCCAAGGGAGGGCCAGGGCUGGAGGAAGCAGGGGUGGAGUGGGCAGCCCUGUGUCCAUUUCCCUGGGAACACGAGGAUGAGUGCCUGCUGUGUGGGGACACUGCUGUGGGUUACUCAAUCUGCACAAAUGGCCCUCUAAGGUAGGCAUGGUGGUUCCCAUUUUAUAGACAAACUUGAACCCCAAGAAUAUGUUGAAGUGAAAGGGAUCCCACUCAAAGUGGCUUCUUCAGCCGAAGAAAUGUGUUGGCUCAAGUGCCUUUGAAUUGGCUCUCAAGGGUUGGGCUGGCUUUAGGGACACAGACUUGAAGACAGGAAGGCACCCGGUUUUGUCCACUCUGGAAAUAGUUCUUAACCAGAGGCCACACUUCACAGUCUCAUCUGGGCCUUGGAAGCCCCAGAGGGCACAGCCCUGGGCAGGAGAGACCACAUAUGAGCCCUUCCCUUGGCAGAAACAGCUCUAGUUAGGCAGAGGUCUCCUAGCCUUGUCACCCGACACUGGAGGGCAGUGGCUGGCUGUGUCCUUCUAGCCUGGACCCUGACCUUUCAUGGCUCUCCCUCUGUGGCCCCUGCCUUGGGGAGGCGGCUGAAGCUACAGCACGGCAGGCAGGUGGUCCAGUCAUAAGUAUCCAGUAGCAGACAGAGGAACCAUUAAAAGGUUAAAUCCUCCAUGGGGGCUGCUAGAGAAACGAGGGCUGGGCACUGCAGCAACCAGGCUGUAGGCUAGACACCAGGAAGCACUUCUGAAGCGGAUCUGAGAACCCUGGGAGGGACCGGAGCUGGUGACAAGUGGAAGGGGUGGAUAGGGCACAGGUCAAUUCCUACUUUGAUUCCUACGAUGACGCUAGCUGCAGGUCUGGAGCGUCAGUCUCUGAGCCUCUCCCAUCCACAAAGGACCUGGACCGGUGCGGGUGCGUGUAUUGGUGACGGGGGCUAACCACCAGGGGCGCCCGGGAGCCGACGCUCUGGCCCUCUCGGGGUCUCCGUGACCCACGCAACUUUCCAGCCCUGGAGCGGGUGGCCACGGGGCUCCGGCGACGCCAUAUCCGCCCAGAGUCCAGCCAGUGCUCCGCUCGGUGGUUCGGGAGGACCCAGAGGCCCUCAGGAAGGCCCCGCCCCCAGCUCAUUACAGCCGCGCAGAGCUUGCCGGGAGUCGCGGGCCGCCAGUGUGUGGUGCGCCCGCCGCUCCGGAGACAGGCCGCUCGCUCCCCAGUUUGGACCCGGCUUCUGUUCUGGGGUGUCGCUCCUCUGAGGUGUCCAACUCUGACCCCACCUGGGUCCUGUCCCAAAGCCAUGCCGGGGUGUGACCCCUGAGCCCAUGCUGUUGGGACCUUACCUCGUCAGACAGACAUCACUCGCGACGAUCUCCAAGCCUUGAAGCCAACCCUGGGCGACAGAGACCUAGCCCCGCAUCCGCCCGGGCCCAGGCAUGUGCGGGAAGCUGCUGCCGCUGGCCAGCCUGUACCUGGUGCAGGGCUUGCCCUACGGGCUCCAGUCCGGCCUGCUGCCCACUCUGCUGCGGGCUCGCGGGCUCUCCCUGACGCAGGUGGGACUGGCCAAGGUGCUGUAUGCCCCGUGGCUGUUCAAGCUGGUGUGGGCCCCACUGGUGGACGCGCGGGGCUCCGUGAGGGCCUGGCUGACACUUAGCACGGUGGCCCUGGGCUUGGUGUGUGGGCUGCUGGCCGCGCUGCCUCCUGCUGAAGCAGGCCAGGCUGGGCUGCCUGUCGCGGCAGCGCUGCUGCUGUUGCUGAACCUGGGUGCGGCUGUGCAGGAUGUGGCCCUGGACACGCUGGCCGUGCAGCUACUGGAGCCCGCCGAGCUGGGGCCUGGCAACACCGUGCAGGUGGUGGCGUAUAAGUUGGGGGCAGCGCUGGCAGGGGGUGGGCUGCUGGCCCUCUUGCCCACCCUCUCUUGGCCAAGGCUCUUUCUGCUCCUGGCUACCACCUACUGGCUGGCUGCAGCCCUGGCCUGGACUGCACCUGCCCUGCGCCAACCUCCGCAGCCUCAUCCCUCAGAGCAUCCCCACUACACCCUGCGCCUUCUGCAGGAUGUGCUGGCUGUGCCAGGGACCCCAUGGACGGCAGGCUUUGUGCUCACCUACAAGCUGGGUGAGCAGGGUGCCAGCAGCCUGUUUCCUCUUGUUCUGCUGGACCAUGGUGCUUCUACCCCGGAGCUGGGGCUGUGGAAUGGCGUGGGUGCCGUGGCCUGCUCCAUCGCCGGCUCCUCCCUGGCUGGGGCCCUGCUGGCCAGGCGCUGGCAGCUGUUACCCUUGUUGAGGUCUGUGCUGCGGCUUCGCCUUGGGGGCCUGGUCUGCCAGACUGCCCUGCUCUUCCACCUGGACACCCUAGGGGUCAGUUUGGGCCCUAGCACACUCUUGAAAGGAGCUGCCUUGCUGAGCCUGUGCCUGCAGCACUUUCUGGGGGGCCUGGUCACCACGGCCACUUUUACUGUGAUGAUGCGCUGCAGCCAGCUGGCACCUAGGGCACUGCAGGCCACACACUACAGCCUCCUGGCCACGUUGGAGCUGUUGGGAAAGCUGCUGCUGGGUGCCCUGGCUGGAGCCCUGGCUGACAGCCUAGGGCUGUGUCCCUGCUUCUCCCUCCUCGUCACCCUCUCAGCUCUGCCCCUCCUGUGCCUGAGCCUGGCACCCAGCAGCCUGGCUUGAGCUGGGUGGCCAGGCUGGUCAAUAAAGCUGAGUAUGCCUGUGG